UCAAACUCCAAGUCACUGAGCUGUUCACACACCAGGCAAGCGGCAGCCUACGCUGGGAAAGGAGAGAGAUAGAGAGAGAGAGAGAGAGAGAGAGAGGGAGGGAGGGAUACAGCAGCCCUAAACAUUUUUGCUACUUAUGUAGGAUCCCUGUCAGUGUGUUUCUGUAGUCUGAGGUUGUGUCAAACAAGUUUAAUUGACAGUGUAAAAGUUUGCCAAAGUUUGUUUCCAGCUUUUUGCAUUCCUCUCAUAUUUAUAAUUUCACCCCCCUCUCUCUAAAAUAAACAGCUCAAGCUGCUAUGUCGUCAACAGCUGGAAGGAUUAUAUUUUUUUGUUUGUUUUAAAGCAAAGUAUCUUUUCAUUUUUUCAAAGUGAUUUUUUUGCAGAAUUCUGUACCUUUUUACUUGGAGUAGUUCCCAAAAAAGGAGAGUAUUUUCAGUUUGGAUUUUUUCAAUUUUUCAGUCUUCAUGUACAAUAUACAUUGAUGUGCUUAUUAUUUUUAAAGUUGUGGCUUUCUUGAUCAUUGCUGUUGUACUUUUUAUUAUUGUUAUUUAUUUAUUUUUUUACUCAACUCUGGAUUCAGUUUUACAGUUUUGCUUUCCAUUUUUCAAGAAUUCUAAACAUCCUGUCAAGGUCCAUACUCGCUUGCUAUCAGGUAGGAUGCUAUCAUGGUCUAUAUGACUGUUCAUCUUGUUCUCCUCUGGAUUUUCAUCCAGAAACUUACCUUGGCAGCAGAACGUUCAGUCACCAGGGAAAGGUUUAAGGUGGUAUUUGGUCCACUGAUUUGUAAGAGGACAUGCCUGAAAGGCCAGUGCCGGGACACUUGUGAGCAAGGCAAUAACACCACCCUGAUUGGGGAGAAUGGACAUUCUGGAGAUACCCUAACUGGUCCAGGAUUCAGAGUGGUGGUUUGUCCUUUACCGUGCAUGAAUGGUGGCCAGUGUACAUCUCGCAGCCACUGCCUUUGUCCACCAGAAUUCACUGGACGGUAUUGCCAGCAUCCAUUAGGACGUCAAAGCCAGAGCUCCAGGUCUCAGACGCAGUCCACAGGGGAACAAACGGCAAUACAGCCCCAGACAUCCAUGAUGAAUAUACGUAUUAUGCAUUACCCAGAGUCUUCAAUCCGUCAUAUUGAGGAUCUUGAAGCUGGAAAAGGCAAAAACCAAAAGCUCCACCUGCAGACCCACAAACCACAUCCCUCUGGCCAACCACACUUACCUCCGCAGACACAGAAACCAAGAGGACGAUGCUUCCAAGAGACAGUACCUAAGCAAGCUUGCAGUAGCAAUCCUUUGCCAGUGCUGACCAAUCAGGAAGACUGUUGUGGGAGUGUGGGCAAUUCCUGGGGACAAAGCAAAUGCCACAAGUGUCCACCACUGCACCAUAUUGGAGUUCAAAAGACUGGAACCUUUAUCAGUGAGACGGGCGCCAACUGCCCCCAGGGAUACAAAAGGCUCAACUCUACUCACUGCCAAGAUAUCAAUGAGUGCACAAUGCAGGGAGUAUGUCAGAAUGGAGAGUGCCUGAACACCCAAGGAAGCUUUCGCUGUGCUUGCAAACAAGGCUAUAUUUUGGAGCACACACGGUGUAUAGCAGAACCUCCAGAAGAGAAGGGUCCCUGCUAUCGUGUUGUAAGUCCGGAAGGAGAAUGUGACCAUGCCCUUUCUGGUGAACUGACCAAGAAGAUCUGCUGCUGCAGUGUUGGCAAAGCCUGGGGACAUAAUUGUGACCGGUGCCCAUCAGAAGGUACAGAUGCCUUCAAAGAGAUCUGCCCAGCAGGAAAAGGGUAUCUGCUUCAUAAAAACAUUGAAAUCCUAACCAAUGAAAGACCUCAUAUGCCCCAUCCAUUUCCACCUAAGCAGUAUCCUGAAGGGGAUGACACGUCAGAAGAAGAGAAGCCUACUAAACAUUCAACUACCACAACCAUGGGCCCUCGUUACCCAGAACUGAUUCCAAGACCCACCACUCCUGUAGUGAUUAGGUUGCCUCCAGAACAUCAUACAAAAAGUCCUCAGGAGAUACCACCAACAAAAGGCUCAGAUACAGAUGAAUGCCGACUAAACAGAAAUAUCUGUGGUCAUGGUGAAUGUAUCAAUGGACAGGGUGGAUACUACUGCCAUUGUAACACAGGCUACCAUCCCCACAGUCAAAGGAAAUACUGUGUGGAUAUAAAUGAAUGUGAUGCAGAUCCUUGUGGCAGUGGCAGGGGUCUUUGCUUGAACACAGGUGGCUCCUAUACAUGCCACUGCAACAGCGGGUAUCAACUCCAGACAAUUAAUGGAGCUCCCACAUGUGUUGACAUUAAUGAAUGUGACAAGCAUAAAAUGUGUGGUGAGGGUGGCCACUGUGUUAAUCUUCCUGGCUACUACAAGUGUGAGUGCUACUCUGGCUACAAGAGCAAGUCCCACCGACAAAACGUUUGUGAAGAUAUUGAUGAGUGCCUGGACCCUAACAUCUGCCCAAAUGAACGAUGUGAAAACAGACCUGGUUCUUAUGAAUGUAUUCCAUGUCCACCAGGAUAUCAUGGACAGGGAGGAAUUUGCUAUGAUACUGAUGAGUGCCAGAAUCGUGGGCUAUGUCCAAAUGGACGCUGUGAGAAUCUACUGGGUUCCUACCGAUGUCUUUGUAAUGAGGGAUUUGUACCAGAAUCAAACAGCAAAAUCUGCACAGAUCUGAAUGAAUGUGAAGAUGAUCGGCUGUGUGCAAAUGGCCGCUGCAGAAACACAGAGGGCUCUUUUCAUUGUCAGUGUUUCCCAGGCUACCAACCAACACAUGAAGGAAGUCAUUGUGAAGAUACGGAUGAAUGUGCUGAUCCCUCAAACUGUAUUGAAGGGACCUGCAUCAACACAAUGGGCUCUUACAUGUGUAAAUGUGUUGAAGGCUUCCAGCUUGUUAAUGGACGGAGAUGCCAAGAUAUCGAUGAAUGUGCUCAAGACCACAGCCUUUGCCAUCCCAAUGGAGUAUGUGAGAAUAUCGAUGGCUCAUAUAUCUGUUUGUGCUAUGAAGGCUAUGCCAUCUCUGAGGAUAAACACAGCUGUGAAGAAAUUGAGAUUGAUACUGAUGACAAGAAGGAGUGUUACUUAAAUCUUGAUGACACCAUUUUCUGUGACAGUGUGCUGGCCACUAAUAUUACUAAGCAGGAGUGCUGCUGCUCUAUUGGAGCUGGCUGGGGUGAUCAUUGUGAGAUUUACCCAUGCCCGGUCUACAACUCAGCUGAGUUUCAUUCCCUAUGCCCAACUGGGAGAGGCUUUUAUGAUGAGAUGAUCACUGGCUAUGGUAUACCAGCUCAUAGAGAUAUUGAUGAAUGUGAAUUAUUCAGUGAGGAGAUUUGCAAGGAUGGACGUUGUAUGAACACACAGCCAGGAUAUGAGUGCUACUGUCAGCAGGGUUUUUACUAUGACAGUAAUCUUCUAAGGUGCAUGGAUGUGGAUGAGUGUAAUGAUGAGUCUAGCUGUCAGAAUGGGAGAUGUGUUAAUACUCCAGGAUCCUUCUACUGUAUUUGUAAUCUGCCAUGGACUGCUGAUUCUAGCAAGAAAAAAUGCAUCAUUCCACUCACAGUGGAUGUGGAUGAGUGUCAGGACCCUUCUAAUUGCAAAAAUGGCCACUGUAACAACACUCCAGGUUCCUACUACUGCACUUGCACCUUGCCCUGGACACUGGCUACAGACAGGAAUAGCUGCAUCCCACCAGAGGAACAAGGAGAUGUGGAUGAGUGUCAGGACCUGGCAUACUGUAAAAAUGGGUUGUGCGUCAACACACCCGGCUCCUUCCACUGCACCUGUAACCAGCCUUAUACCUUCAGUGCGGCGCUCAAGCAGUGUGUCUAUGAUGACCGCACAGCUGCCCAUCGAGACAUAUGCUUCCGAUAUGUGGGAGAAGACCACAUGUGCAACACGCCUCGCAACAGUCAGGCUUUAACAUACUCAGAAUGCUGCUGCCAUUAUGGCAUGGGCUGGGGACCAGAAUGCCGCACCUGUCCUCCACGCAACUCAGAAAUGUUUAAUCGAUUAUGUGAUCUUUAUCUGGAUACGGAUUCUUAUGGAGAAACAGAGUCUUUGUCAUUUGCAGACUACAAUAAUGAAGGAGACAGCUCAGAAGAAGAUUCUGAUGAAUGCAACUGUCAAAAUGGCCAGUGUGUUCGAUCGUACUUGGGAAUCACCUGCGAAUGUUUCACGGGUUUUCGACCCGACCAUACCCGGACACGUUGCAUCGAUAUUGAUGAGUGUGCAGAACAGAGCCAAAGAGCAUCCUUAUGUAAAAAUGCUCAUUGCAUAAACACCAUUGGUUCCUACAAGUGCCUCUGCAAACCUGGUUAUGUCAAAUUACGAUGGCCACCUGUAUGCAGUCGCUCCAGGACACAGUAGUCAUCCUCAUUACAGACGUUUAACUAAUAUGCUUCCCUUUUCUGACAACCCAUGAACAAAGGCAACAUUAAAAAAUCUGGUCUCUAUACUUUGGCUACCAGUAAGCAUACAACAUCACCAGUAAAAGUAUUGAAAAAUAAGGGUUGUAUAGGAUGAACUGCAAAGAUAAUACAAUCAGACCAUAUGUUACAUAUAUAUUUUUUGUAAAAAAAGAAAAAGGAAAAAGACACAAAAGGGCAUUUUGAUUGUUUAACUGUAUUUGUUUUUUAUUUGCACUUUUAUUCUUUUUUGCAAUUAAAUUAUGUUGAGUUAGAAUGCUGCAUUGUCUACUAUUCUUUAUGUGACUGUGUCUAUUUCUUUAUGGCCUUAAAAGUUCAAAUUUUUGUCUGCAACUUGUUUAUUCUUCCUCCAAAACUUCAAUCUGUAAAUUCUGCCAUGAAGUAUACAAAGCAAGUGCUAGUUGUGUUGUGCCAUUGCUCUGUAUAUACCUGUAAAUAUUAUCACCCUGUUUGCAUAACACUGAGAUAUUGUUAAGGGAUCAGUCCUCUUUUAAAUAAUAGAUUGGCUGUUUUUGUUACAAGCUUGUGCUGUAAAUACUGUAACAUCCUGAAAGAGGUACAUUUAUCAGGUGGCUGCACACUGCAAAAUGAGGCGGGGCAACCUGGAGAAACUGACCAGAAAAUCAGCUUCUGAGAGCAAGGAAGAGAGGGGUGCAGACAGAGCACUUAAAAGAAGUCCUUUUAGAAGACCAGGGAUCUACUGCUAAAGUCCAGCUGGGUGCAUGGCCACCAGAGAGCUUCAGGUAUCCCUAAAUGAAGUAUUCAAAUUGGGUAUCUCAGUAUAUUUACAAUGUCUGUCUCCAGAGUUUGUUUUAUUUAUUUCUAUCAUUUUUUAAUAUGGUGUAUAGUAUAUAUAUAUAUAUAUAUAAUUAUUUCACCCACGUGUUACAAAAGAAAAAAAAAACAGAAAUGUUUGAAGUAAUUUUGAAUGCAGCGUAUCAAUAGUGGUGUUAUAAUAGACAAAAUUGUGUAUUAAAAUAAAAUAAAGUAUCUAUU